AAGUCUUCCUUUGAAGCGGUCACUUUUAAAUCACCAACCAGGCAACCCCGAAUAAAUCCAACUACAGCGCUGAUAAGUGCAAUCUGGCAACUCGGACAGCACCCUUCACUCGUGCAGCUGUUAGACCAGCGCUAACACUAACACCAACUCAUCUCUCUAACGUUUAUUUAUUUACUCUGAUUUCCUCCGCCGCGGUGACGGGCUUCAGGAUUUCGUUCCCGCCGCUACACUCAGAGCCGCAGCUCGGGAGCUGAAGAAGACAAGAGGAGAGAAGAAGAGAGGAGGAGAAGAGGAGGACAGGAGGCGCAGUUCCACUUCAAAGCCACCUUUUAAACUGUCAGUUCCCCUCAGUAGCUGGUUAAUGCCCCCGCGCGCGCGGUGUUCUCCAGGAGAUGAGUUCGGUGUGGAAGAGACUGCAGAGGGUCGGGAAGAAGGCCACCAGGUUCCAGUUCGUGGCUUCAUAUCAGGAACUCACAGUGGAGUGCACAAAGAAAUGGCAGCCUGAUAAACUGCGUGUGGUGUGGACCAGGAGGAACAGACGCAUCUGCUCAAAGCUUCACAGCUGGCAGCCGGGGAUUAAAAACCCGUACAGAGGCAUGGUGGUGUGGCCCGUACCCGAGAACGUCGACAUCACCGUCACACUCUUCAAGGAUCCUCAUGCAGACGAGUUUGAGGACAAAGACUGGACAUUCGUCAUUGAAAAUGAAACAGCGAAAGGUCAGCGUAAGGUUUUGGCUUCAGUGGACGUGAACCUAAAGAAGUUUGCGAGCGCGACGGUGACUCAGACCGACCUGAUGCUGAAACUGAAGCCGUUAUCAGUGAAGGUGACUGAAGCCACGCUGAAGCUCUCGCUCUCCUGCGUGUUCCUCAAAGAGGGAAAAGCCACAGAUGAGGACAUGCAGAGUGUGGCAAGUCUGAUGAGUGUGAAGCCGACGGACAUCGGGAACCUGGACGACUUUAAUGAGAGCGACGAAGAUGCAGAUAAAACAUCUAAUGUUAGCACUGCAGCGUCAGCUCCUGCAUCCUUCACCAGGAGAUGUUCUGGUACUGAUGACCUCAACAUGACCCUGGCCAAGACCUCUGACCUGCUACAGCCACGCCCCUUUGAUGCUGCUUCCUCUGAACCUGCACUUCCUGUUUUCAGCCAAACUGCUGCUGCUGACACUCUGAAAGAUGCUCCUCAGGUUUCUGUCCUCAAAACCGAAAUGGUACAGGAUCAUGUCUCACCGUCUCCCAUCCCCUUCUACUCAUCCCAGCAUUCAUCUCUGAGUCACUCUCACACUCUCAAAUCUCCAUCCAGCUCAGCAUCAGUUCCCUUGUGUUUGGAUAAAUGGAGCUCGGCCAGCCGUGACCCCGUGACCCCUGUGCCUUUGCUCGUCAGCCCUGAUCUCGAUGCCUUCUGUGAUCCUGUUUCUGCCCCUGCUGCUUUCUCAGACCCUCCUGUUACCCCCCAAACUGCCCCCCCAGUCACCCCCUCACACCUGGACCAUGCUCUAAAAUUUGCCCCUUCCACUCGCUCUUCACCUCCUUCUGUCUUUUUCACUUGUUCCUCUGCUUCUUCUACUCCUUCCACUCGUUCUUCUCUCGUUUCCUUGCUCUCUCUCGCUCCUCUGCCGCCUGCUUCACUCUCAGACUCGUCACAGGCUGAGGCUAACAGCAGCAAGGCUAACUCCCAGUCCAUUCCUGCAGAGUGUGUUGAUAAACAGAGUAUGGGGUCAGCGAGCGAGCUGAAAACAGGAAAGUCUGCUGAACUUCCUGUAUCGGAGGAAGUGGUGGACAUCGAGACUGUCCCUCCUCCAUGGCCUUUCUCCGUAUCUGGGUCCGCGUCUCCGUCUGUGUCGUCCGUCCCAGAGAGACAGUCGGGGGGCAUGUGGUGGGCGGAGCGUCCGCCUCUCGCGGAAGAGGAGCCUGACUUUACAGACGAGGACUUUAACACCGUGUGUGUGACGUCUCCGCCUCUUCAAGCACCUGCAGGUGGAGAUAUGGAGAAGAAAAGUCCGCUUACUAUAGACACACCUUCACCCACCGAGACACUGUGUGAUAAAGAGGUUCCUGUCCCCACCCCAGUCACGCUCUUCAUCACAGAGGAUGAUGAGAAGUCACCAGAACAGGAGGAAAAGAAGGAGGAACCAGCGAGUCAAACUGAUCUAAACUGGUCUGACAGGGACAAAGUGACGAUUACAGACAAUGUCGUAAUCUCCUCACUGCUGAGGGGCGAGCGUGAGAACGAGGAGCAGCCUGAAAGAGAUCAAACCUCUGUGAGGGACAGCAGCUUAAAUCAAAUCUCUACAGAUCUACCCAAAAUCAGCACUGACCCCCAAAUCACAGAGGCUGAAACACACACCACUGAGGACACACACUCUGCAGAUACACACACCGCAUUAACACACACUGAGGACACACACGCUGCAGAUACACACACUGCGUUAACACACACUGAGGACACACACUCUGCAGAUACACACACUGCGUUAACACACACUGAGGACACACAUUCUGCAGAUACACACACUGAGGACACACACUCUGCAGAUACACACACUGCGUUAACAAACAAUGAGGACACACAAACCAUGGACACUCUUGCCACAGACACACAUACUGAAAGUACACACACCAAAGAAGCAAACAUCACAGACACACACACUCCUGAGCCCCCCAGUGGUCAGAGUGAGACCCCUCUGUGGGCAGCGUUAGAGAGGGUGAGGGAUCAGAGAGACGAGCCGGACGUCAGAGCGGAGACACACAGAGACACGACACGUGGAGAUGGAGACAGUAACGUGGAGGCAAGAACAGUGGGGUGCGAGCUGCUGGGUGAAGAUUCCUCUCGUUUAGGAAUCUCGGGAUCUGUGUUAAAGGUGGAAAGUGAAAGUGAAGUUAUGGAGAACGUCGUCCAAACCUCUGCGUGUGGGGAAUCGGUGAAGACACCACCGACUGUCCUGCCUCGCAGCAAGAAGAAAAACAUCCCUCCACCAUUCACUCUACAGGACGUCAGACACAACACGCCAGCACCUGAACAGGCUCCCCUCCCGAGCCCCGCCCUGGUGAGCAGCAGUCAGUCGUUGUUGCAGUGGUGUCAGGAAGUCACAAAGGACUACAGGGGCGUGAAGGUGACGAACUUCAGCACGUCCUGGAGGAACGGCCUGGCCUUCUGCGCCAUCCUCCACCACUUCCACCCAGACAAGAUUGAUUUUAAUGUCCUGGAGCCUCAAGAUAUAAAGCUGAAUAACAAGAGGGCUUUUGAUGGGUUCUCAGAGUUGGGGAUCUCGCGCCUGUUGGACCCUUCUGAUCUGGUUCUGCUGUCGGUUCCGGAUCGGCUCAUGGUGAUGACGUACCUGAGUCAGAUCCAAUCACACUUCUCAGGUCAGAACCUCAGCGUACUGCAGUUAGAGAGGAACAGCAGCGAGUCCAGCUAUGCCAUCUCCCAAACCAAUGGCACAGACACACCGGGGGGAGAGGGUCCAACCAACGGGGCUCUGAUCCCCCCGCCCCGGAUUAAACGGCCAUUAAAGGGGGAUGAGAUGAGGACAGAUGGAGCAGUGCAGACUCCAGUAGUACCGGUACAGCAGGAUGAGAGAGAACAGAGUGAGCAGGCGAGUAAAGACAAGGAGAAAUGUCCAGCAGCAGACAGAGACACGACAUGCACUGAAUCGCCUGAACCUGCAGAUGAGGAACCGACGUGUCUGCAGGACACCAGUCAGUAUGUGGUGAAUGAGCUGAAGGCUCUGGAGCUCGAGCAGAAACACAUCGACACCCGUGCAGCCGUGGUGGAGCGCAAACUGAGACGCCUCAUGGAGACAGGCAGUGAUAAGGAGCAGGAGGAGAAGCUGAUACAGGAGUGGUUCACACUGGUCAAUAAGAAGAACGCUCUUAUAAGGAGGCAGGACUACCUUGAGAGUCUGCAGGAGGAACAGGACUUGGAGAGGAGGUUUGAGCUCCUGACCCGAGAGCUCAGAGCCAUGAUGGCUGUCGAAGACUGGCAGAAGAGUGAAGCUCAUCAGCACCGUGAAGCGCUCCUCCUGCAGGAACUCGUCGCUCUGGUCAAUCAGCGUGAUGAGUUAGUUAGAGACAUGGACGCCAAGGAGAGAGGGGCGCUGGAGGAGGAUGCUCGGCUGCAGCGAGGUUUAGAGCUCAGACGCAUGAAAUACAGCAACAAGGAGAAGUGUGUGCUGCAGUAG